AUGAAUCCGAUUCGAUUGCUGCUAUUAGGUGCUCCUGGAUCAGGAAAAGGAACGCAGACGUCAAGACUUUUGGCGUCUUUUCAACACUUGGAAUCCGUGUCGUCUGGAGAUCUGCUGCGCCAGCAAAUCCAACGAAAGACGGAAUUGGGUCGCAUUGCUGCGGCUUAUAUAUCGGAUGGUAGGCUGCUGCCAGAUGCAUUUGUAACUGAACUGGUACACAAUGAAUUGAGCACGAAGGGCUGGCUAUCUCCUAAAUCAAGCUGGCUUCUAGACGGAUUCCCGAGGACAGUCACACAAGCAAAAUCGUUGCGUUCCAAGUUGACACCUCACAAGGCGUCUCUGAAUAUGGUGGUAGAGCUGGAUGUUCCGGAAAGCGUGAUCCUGGACCGCAUAGAAAACCGGUACGUGCAUGUGCCCAGCGGCCGGAUCUACAACCUCACCUACAAUCCGCCAAAAGUUGAUGGCCUCGAUGACCUCACAGGUGAGCCCCUCACAAAGCGUCCAGAUGAUACAGCGGAAGUGUUUGGGAAGAGAUUGGAUAGCUAUCGACAAACUGUGACGCCGCUGAAAAAGUUUUACGCCGACAUUGGAAUCCUUCACAAAGUGUCGGGUGAAACCUCUGACAUUAUUUUUCCACAGCUUUUAGAUAUCAUACAAAAGAAGCUGAAACACGUCUGA